CAAACUUUGAAAGGGAGGAAGGAGGGAUUUCUCGAGGAAAUGAAAAUGUCUUUGACUUUUCUGUCUAUAUCGGACUCCGUCCUUCCUCUUCACACGCUAAAAAUUCUUCUUCUCAUCCUUUUCUUCCCUUCCUUUAUCCCUUAAAUAUAUCAUCACCUCUCUCCUCAGUGUUCCCAUUUUUAUCUCUGUUCAUAUCUCGAAAGUUUCACUGGAAAGUUGCACGUUUUUUGGAAAGCCUUUUCGUAAUUUCCAGCCAUAACUUUUUAUCAUAUUUUUCUCCAAAAAAUAAAAAUUCAAUAGUGUUUUGAUUGAGGUUUUUGUCAUCCGGUUUCUACCUGAAAAAGCUGGAAUUCAAUUGGGUUUUGCGGAAUCUUCAAUUCCCGUGGUGGGUUUUUGGGCUCGUCAAUUUUUGAGUCUGAAAGAUCAAUUUUUUGUUUUUUUUCCUUCUCGUCUUAUUGAUUCUCAGCUACCCUUUUUUGAAAAGACGAAGAUUUUGAUCGGGUUUGAGUUUGACCAUCACUUUGCUGCAAUUCGACUGACCGAAUUGGCUGAAUUAUCGACAAUAAGGCUUCAGGGUUGGUGGUUUGAUUGAGAAAAGUUUAUUAGCCUUUAUUUUACGGUCAUAUUACAGAGGAGGGAGGUGAGGUUCCCUCCGUUUUGGGUCACUGUUAAUAUUGUGGCACUGUGGCUCGGAGAAAAGGAAAGUUAAGUUUUUCUUUGAAGGUUUGAUCUUAUGGGGAAUUGUUGUGCCGUACCGAAAACAUCUGAUUUUGAAGUGAAGAAAAAGGGGAAAAAUAAGCCUAAUCCGUUUUCUAUUGAAUACCCUGGAAACCAUGCAACUGGUAAUGGUGGGUACAAGUCUUACGUGUUGGAUAAUCCAACAGGGCAUGAAAUUGAGCAGACAUAUGAGUUAGGGAAAGAGCUCGGCCGGGGUGAAUUUGGGGUUACUUAUUUGGCUACUGAAAAAGCAACUGGAGAACUCUAUGCUUGCAAGUCAAUAUCAAAGAAGAAGCUGAGGACUAGAGUAGAUAUUGAGGAUGUUAGGAGAGAGGUUGAUAUCAUGAGGCAUUUGCCUAGACAUCCUAAUAUUGUGAGCUUGAAGGAUACUUAUGAGGAUGAUCACGCGGUCCACCUAGUUAUGGAGUUGUGUGAGGGUGGUGAAUUGUUUGACCGGAUUGUUGCUAGGGGUCAUUACACUGAAAGAGCUGCUGCAGCUGUGACUCGCACUAUUGUUGAAGUCAUUCAGAUGUGCCAUAAACAUGGGGUUAUGCACCGUGAUCUUAAGCCUGAAAAUUUCUUGUUUGGAAACAAGAAAGAAACUGCACCAUUGAAGGCCAUUGAUUUUGGGUUGUCUGUGUUCUUUAAGCCUGGUGAGAGGUUUAAUGAGAUUGUUGGAAGUCCCUAUUACAUGGCUCCUGAAGUGCUGAAGAGGAACUAUGGACCAGAAGUGGAUGUAUGGAGUGCUGGUGUGAUCCUCUACAUUUUACUCUGUGGUGUUCCCCCAUUUUGGGCAGAAACUGAGCAAGGAGUUGCCCAAGCUAUCAUUAGAUCUGUUGUUGAUUUCAAGAGAGACCCCUGGCCAAAGGUAUCAGAUGGUGCAAAAGACCUUGUUAAGAAAAUGCUCAACCCUGACCCCAAGCAGCGACUCUCUGCUCAGGAAGUUCUAGAUCAUCCUUGGUUACAAAAUGCAAAGAAAGCUCCUAAUGUUUCUCUUGGUGAAACUGUGCGGGCAAGGCUCAAGCAAUUUUCUGUGAUGAACAAAUUGAAGAAAAGGGCUUUAAGGGUCAUUGCAGAACAUUUGUCUGUAGAGGAAGUUGCUGGCAUCAAGGAAGGAUUCCGGGUGAUGGAUACAAGUAAUAAAGGGAAGAUUGAUAUUAAUGAGUUGAGAGCUGGGUUGACGAAGCUUGGGCACCAGAUGCCUGAAGCAGAUCUUCAAAUUUUGAUGGAAGCUGGUGAUGUUGACAACGAUGGAUAUUUGGAUUAUGGGGAGUUUGUGGCAAUCUCUGUCCACCUGAAAAAGAUGGGUAAUGAUGAUGACCACCUCAAAAAAGCCUUUGACUUCUUUGAUAGAAACCAAACUGGGUUUAUAGAGAUAGAAGAGCUAAGAGAUGCCUUAGCUGAUACUGAUGACGUUGAUGCAAACAUUGAGGAAGUAAUCAAGGCUAUAAUCCACGAUGUAGAUACUGACAAGGUUGGUCAUCCCUUUAAGCUUCUUUUUUUUCUUUUUUUUUUAUUUUCUUUUCUAUUGUUCUCUCCUUUUCCGUUUUUGUUUGUCUAUUUUUUUCCUUUCCCUUUGCAAGUUUGCUUUUUUGGUUCUCUUUUGAAAUCUGUUUUUUCCAUUAUUCUUGAUGAGUGUAUGUGCUGGUGGUUUCACACAUUAUUGACAUAUUGUGUUCAAUAGCUAUGAUUCAUGACUCUCAGUGGGCUAAUGGUUUUUGAAUGCAUUCAAGUCGAAGACCCUAGAUUUGAGCUCUAUUUUUUAGAUGGGGUUCCGACUGAAUUAACAUCUAAUCUUUUGCUCAUGUAUUUUUGAAAGAUGCUAGCUUGUAGCUCUAAAAUUUCUGCCUUUAUAAUUUGAUCUUCUGUGUUGUAUCAAUCGUCUUGAGUAAAUUUACAACUUGUUCUGAAGAGGUUGUAUGUGCUGUGAAUUCUUGCACUUGAAUUCAAUGUCUUUCCCAUGUAGGAGUGGUCGAACAGGUGUACUCUUUGGGCUCAUGUUUUAUUCUAUAUUAUAUUGCAGGAUGGAAGAAUUAGUUACGAGGAAUUUGCAACUAUGAUGAAAGCAGGCACAGACUGGAGAAAGGCAUCAAGACAGUACUCCCGAGAACGAUAUAACAAUCUGAGCUUGAAAUUGUUGAAGGAUGGAUCAAUAAAAGUGACCAUGUGAGGGGAGAUAACUCAAGAUAGGAGAUGACAUAUUCUACUCCCCAUUUUUUACCAUCAUAAACGAGAGUGUAAAAUACAAUACGAUGUGUUCAGCUAUUGGUGUAAUCUUGCCAUUUUUGACAUGUUUUCUCUGGUCUCCAACCUUACUGUGCAAGAAGUCCGUCCUGUGAAGAAGGGUAUCAGUGACUGGGUUUUGAGGUUGACAAGGUCUUUCUUGCAUAUUGUAAUUUGUUAUUCUUUUGUAUCUUUGGGUGGUAGGAAAUGUGGUGAAGAAAGAAGGGUCAUGAAAUUGUCCAGUCCCCUUGUAAAUAUUCUGUUCAUACAGUUCAAGUCGAUCAAUGCUAAAGCUUUUGAUCGUCUCAUUUGGAAUGUAUGAUUUUACCCUUUUGUGUGCAAAUUAAGAUCGAGUUUUAACAAAUCAAGGCUAACUCAACUUUUACUUGAAAUCCACUCUCAACCUUUAUAUGAUCCCACGCAAAAAUCAUCCGCCACAUUCAUAAUCUCGAGCUUGGGCUGCUGUUGUAGGGGGGUGUUCCAGCAAGCUCCUCCGCACCUGAAGAGCUAGUUUCUGGGUGUGCUAAAUAGACUUUUCUCCAUAGGUGCAUCAACCUGGGCGCAGCCAAACCCUGUGCCCUGCAUGGAGCAGUCAGCCAAACGAGUUUCCCAUACUUUCUCACCUUAUUGGUUGAAAAGUCACCAAAUUGAAGCUCACAUCACCAUCCAAUCACAGCAUUGAUUUCCGGAAGGCCCCUAGUUUAUUCCUACACGCUACGCCUGGGAAGUAUUUGUGACUGCAUUCAAGGGCUUGUCACAAAUGCAGACUUCUCCUUGUAUAAUUAAUUUGCCAAGAUGUACUGGUGCUGAUGGAGCCUACACUAUGGUGGAUAAAGUCCAUGGAAGCGGGGAACUAUGCCUGUGCUGCUGCUUUCUCAGAAUGGAUUCAAACAGCCUGAUGAUAGAAUGAGCCACCAACAAGAUCUGGCAGAACGUAUGUUGGUCACAAAUAUGUCGCGGGAGUUCUAUGCAUGGUUCUUCCAAAAAUGUGUGUAUAGCUUGGAUGCAGGGUUGGACUCAUAGCUUAUAAUGUUGGAAGUGGAAUGCUUCGACUGAUUUAGGUCCUUAACUCUUUUACCAACUGCUAAAUGUUGUCAAAUUAAUCAGAUCGCGUACUUUCAGUUGUAUUUUCAGGAGAGAUGUAUAUCUGGAACAAUAUGCUAUGACUUCAGCUAAUAUUCUUCAGAUUUUAUAGUAUAGUUUUUUCAUAAGGAGGGAAUGGGACUUGUCUGGCUUAAAAGUUAAUCAGCGAAAUCUGUUUCAUUU